GUAUCUUUGUAAAAUGUAAUUGUUGUAAUAUUCAUUUGAUCGACUGAUCGUUUUAUCUAAGUUUUAUUUGGAGUGUGGAGCAAGGCACAACAGUUUUAGCUACUUGCCAACUAAUUAACAAUGCCUAUACAUUGUUGUUAUGCAUGUCACGUAAAUCUCGUAAGUCGUAACUCUGACCACAGCUCGUAAUUGAAUGAAAUUCAACACUACAGUUUAGUAUAUCUAUUUGCGUUUCUACACUCAUGGAAAAUAUUGUGCAAUAAAAUAUUUACAUAUUUUUGUACAAACUACUAUUUCGAAGUGUAACACAUAUCAGAAGUCUAUUAUGAGAAAUAAACUACAUAUUUACAGUGUUUUAAAAUGUUUGUAAGAAAUGUGUCACGAGUUGCUAAGUAUGGUUUGUAUGGUAGUGUCGUUAUAGCUGGAGGGUCUUUCGCUGCAGUAAAGUAUAAUAAAAUUGAAUAUGAUGGUAUUGCAAUCGUCAGAUUUACAAGGACAGCUUACACUGCCCUCCAGAUUGGUAGGACAUACAGUAAUAUGCUUUACAGUAAAGAAUGGGACACAACUUCUGCAGAAUAUACUCAGGUGAAAAGUGAAGCUCAUCAAAUAGCUGCUGAAAAGCUUCUAGAAUUAUGUAAAGUUAACAAAGGAGUAUAUAUCAAAGUUGGACAGCAUGUUGGUGCACUGCAAUAUUUGUUACCUAAUGAAUAUGUGAAAACAUUAAGCAUUUUACACAAGGAUGCUCCAAGAAAUAAUGUUGAAGAGCUGUAUGAAGUGAUUAAAGAUGAUUUAAAAAAAGAUCCAAAAGAGUUAUUUGUUGAAUUUGAUCCAGAGCCCUUGGGUACUGCAUCACUGGCACAAGUACACAGAGCAACACUCAAAGAUGGUACAGAAGUUGCUGUUAAAGUACAGCACAGUUUUGUUAGGAAUAAUACUACAAUUGACUUGAGAUGGAUGGAAUUUAUAAUAAAUGUUAUGUCAAGAGUUUUUCCCGAUUUCCAAAUGCAAUGGCUUGUGGAGGAAACUAAGAAGAAUAUUGCUUUGGAGUUGAAUUUUAUACAAGAGGGUAAAAAUGCUGAGAGAGUUUCAGAAUUGUUUAAGAAUUACUCUUGGCUGAAAGUACCAAAAAUCUUUUGGGAGUAUAGCACAGAGAGAGUACUUGUUAUGGAAUAUGUAACUGGUGGGCAAGUUAAUGAUAUAAAAUAUAUUGAUAAGCAUAAUAUCAGUAGGAGUGAUGUAUGUACCAAGUUGGGUGAUCUGUACUCUCAUAUGAUAUUUGUAACCGGUUUUGUACACAGUGAUCCACAUCCAGGAAAUAUCCUCUUAAGAAAAGAUCCUAAUGAUAAAGAAGUUACUAUCUACCUCUUGGACCAUGGUUUGUAUGCUCAACUCACAGAACAAUUCCGUUUCAAUUAUUCAAAACUAUGGCUUUCAAUAAUCGCAAGAGACAAAUCUAAAAUGAAGUUUUAUGCAGAGAGCCUUGGAAUAUCUGGUGACCUUUAUGGGCUGUUUGCAUGUAUGGUAACAGGACGACCCUGGUUCGUAAUAGAGAAAGGUAUAGACAAGACGAAGCGAUCAAGUGCGGAGAAAGAUGAAUUUCAAAAUUUUCUUCCAAACUUUUUACACUCUGUCACUCAAUGUCUGGAGCAUGUGGACCGACAAGCACUUCUUGUGUUGAAGACCAAUGACCUCAUACGGAGUAUAGAACACGCAUUAGGUAUGCAAGAUAAAAUGUGUGGCUUUAUGAUCAUGAGCAAAUGUUGCACUGAAAUUGUGCACAAAGUUGAUUAUAAGAAUGAGAAAUCAAUGCUUAGAAGACAGUUGCUAAGCAUAAAGUAUGCAUGGACACUCUUUGUAUUAUAUGUAUAUGGAAUAUAUUUAAGUAUACGCCAAGAAGUCGCUAUCAGCUAGAUCAAAGAUUAAUUUAGUUAAAUUAUUUUGUGAGAGAAUAUUUUUAUACAUUUUCAGUGAUAUUCUUGUAAUAAUUAUUGUUUGUAGCCAUUCCAUGUAUUUAUAUUCCAUGUAGUUCGCUUUAACCAUGUAACUUAUUUAUUUAAAAUGUAAUUCAGCUGUGUAUAUCUGUCAGUCACACCAAAAAUGGCUUACCUCAUAUUUUUUAUUAUAGAAAUGUGUUUGUAACUAUUGUAUAAGUUUGAUGUCUAGUUCCUUAUGAUUUGAUUGUAAAUAGCGUUAUGAAGAAGCGUCGCAAAUAUUAGGAGGCUAUAUUAAGCUUUUAUAUAAAUAUUUAUCAACAGUUAAAUAAAACAUGUUUACAAUU